UAUAGUACACUGAAGCCUGGAUCUGGAAUGGAUUGACAGUUUUCGCGCGCUCUUAGGCGCGUGCGUUGCCAUGACCGCGUGAAAUACUUAGCUUUUGUUUCAAUCUUAUAUUUUUGUAAGUAAGUAAGUAGUCGAGUAAACGUUUUUAAUAAUGGAUAGGCGCAAAAUAAAGUCAAAGAACGUACUGCACAAACAACUCUAUUCCUCGAGUCAGACAGUGACGAGAACUGUAGCGGAACCGUUGAAAGAUAACAACAUCGUGAGAUCUGUAAGUGUAGCCGCGAAUCUGCCCGUUUCUCGCAAACGCAAAAAUUCCGAGGACGAAGAAGACGAAGCUGAACAGGAAGAGGACGCGGAUCCUCCAGUAAUGUCAUCUUCAAUUAAGUCCGGCAAUCUCAGGAAGAAGAGACGCAGCGGACUCGAUGACGACGAUAAUGAAAAUAGCGAGGACGAGCCAUCUUCUCCUAAAAGGGCGGCACCGAAGAGUGACAGAUUCGUUAAGCCUAAAACAGUUGCUCAAGAGCCGAGUACAGCCAGGAAAAGGUCGAAUAAUUCUGACAAGGAAGAAGUAGAGAAUCAGCAUGCUGGUUCCAGUGGGUCCUCUUACAUUAGAGGGAUUCUAGAGUCUAUGGAUAAGAGCCCUUCCAAGUUGAGUCAGAGCUCGACUAGUUCAGUUGAAAAGUAUCGAAAGAUUAAUUUACGCACACCUCUUCGUCCUAAGCUUCAGAAGCCAGUAUCGAAAACUAUAGCUGAAAAGAACAAAGCAAGCCAAAGUCAAAAAGCACAAAAAUCACAAACUGAUCCAAGACUCAAUAGACCUGGUCCAGCUUCAAAGAAGAAAAAUACCUCUUUAGUGUCUAGUGAUGCGGAUCUAAGUGAUUCAGAAGUAAGAAGUGAUCCAAGAAUCAGCAGACCUGGUCCAGCUUCCAAGGAGAAAAAUACCUCUUUGGUAUCCAGUGAUGAAGAUAAAAAUGAUUCAGAAAUAAAGAAAUCUAAGCCAUCUUCCAAGAAAAAAAAUACUUCUAUUGUAGACAGUGAUACGGAUUCAAGUGAUUCAGAAGUAGAGAAACCAAGUCCAGCUUGUAAGAAAAAGAAAACUUCUAAAAUUGUAUCCAGUGAUUCAGAUGAAACUGAAAUUGAUAACAAAAAAUCAAGGCCAGUUACUAAAAAAAAGAACACCUCCAUCAUGCCCAGUGGUUCUAAAUCCAGUAGACCUGGUCCAGCUUCUAAAAAGAACACAUCGUUUAUGCCUAGCGAUUCCGAUGCAACUGGAAGUGAAGAUGAGCCAAAUAUUUUUGAAUCUGAUAAAGACAGUUCUCCUAUUAAAAGUAAUGCAAAAAAAAAUAAAAAUGUUGGUGCACAAGAUACAUCAGCUAACAAAAACAACCAGUCCAAAACUAAGAACAAUCCUGCCAAGUCUAACAAAAGUCCUGUUAAAGCUCAAAAGACUCCCCCUGACAAUCAGAGGAGCAGAGUUCUUGACUCUCCAGAACUGAGUCCAUUAAGAAGUUUUCAUAGUCCAGAAAAGAAUAUUAAUACUAGAAGAAAGAAAGUUAAUAACAAUCAAUCAGAUGAAAAAUUCAUAGAUUUUUUGAAUUCUGCAGGGAUAACUUUAUAUUCAGGUCCCAACUUACAUGUUGCAAAUGAUGAUCCUAGAGAAGUUAUACAUAAAAUGAAAGAACUAUUAAGUUCAGAUAGUAUUGAUUUAGAAGAAAUUGUUAGAUCCUGGAAUGGUUACAUUGAAGAUGAGGAAAAUUUACAGAAAUCUUUGAUAGAACUGAAAAUAGAGACUGAAGAUGGUGUAGCAUUAUCAUCAAAAGCUGUUUCUCUUUCAAGAAUACUGCUGCAAGUUCCUGAACUGCAAGUCAAAAUCCUAAAUAGCUUAUUUAUUAAACUCAUUGAUGCUGUAAUUGCCAGUGAUUCAUCCGAUGAUGCACCAUGGGCUCUUCAAAUGUUGCAACAGUUCCGAUUUUUAGAAGUUCAAGUUGAACCAGAAAUCUUGAUCACUAGGAUGGAGGAGUUAUUAAGUUCAUCUCCAGAAUGGUUUCAACGAGAAGUGAUUGCUUUUAUUCCUGACAUAGUUACUGAUAUUCAACAUCGAACAACAGCGGAAAUGCUUAUUAAAAUUAUGGAAAAAAAUAGCGAUUUAACAAACAUCAUAUUGGAUUGCAUCCACAAUUUGAGCCUAGGAAAAGAUUACCGAGAAGAACUGCGUGAACAAGUUUUAGGGUUGUUGAAUAAAAACAUUGAUAAAAGUACAAUACCAGCUAUCACAAGAUUUGUCCUUAAUGCUUGUGCAAGUGAAGUAAUUGCUAUAAAAUCUUUCAAUGGGUUACGAGGUAUAGAUAUGUCACCUUCUCCAAAAGAAAUAGUAGAAGAAUGUUACACAAACCAAACAUUCAUGGUGAAUGCUAUGAAAAUGAGCAUUCAGCUUUUCAAAGAAGUAUCGCAGGCUGCUGUUGUAGUUGUUAAGUCGGUUGAAUCUGAAGCAGUGCCAUUAGAUCUUAUUAUAUCAAUAUUAUUAUACGAAACUACAUCAGUUAAGAAAAAAAUUAUUGAAGCAACUGUCUACAGUCAUAUUAAAGAUGGUUAUUAUAAAACCAGUCUUCUUGGGAAACUAUAUACAGUUUACAAACAAGUUGCAAAAAGUUUUCAAGCAACUGCUUUGAGUUUAGCUAUUCACUUAUUGAGAGCUGACAGUCCCGUACACGUUGAGUUUGGAAUUGAAUGGCUUAGAAAUAUGUUUAUUAGCCAAUCAGAUACAUCUUAUAAACAAAGAGAAAUCAUGGAGAAGCUCCUGAAUUUAAUGGGCAGCAAGGAUAAGACAGUAAAAAAUGCCCUGGAAGUACUUUGUAGGAUGGCUAAUGAUGAAAAUGAACGUCGUUACCUUCAACAGCAUGCAGGAUUUUUGAGGAGCUUUCUGGAAAAAAUAGAUAAUUUACAGUUUGAUGAGGUGUCUACAUUAUACCAUUUACUUCACGGUUUAUGUACUCAAUCUGAGUUGAUUUCAAAUAUUUUGAAUGAUGACUUAAGCAUUAUAAUGCAGAAACAGUUAUGUAGUUCAAAAGUGACAACAAAAUGUAAAGGUGUACUUGGAGCUGUGAUGGCUAUCAAACAUUUAUCUUGUGAUAAUGAAACUAGCGAACAAGCUGUUCAACUUCUAAAAAAAACAUUUAGUAGUAUAAAAGGAUGCUUUAAAUCAAAGGCGCUCUUUUUUGAUGAACUAGGACAAGUGAUUGCUACGACUAAUGAAGUAGAUGAGGAAUUUUUGAAUACGAUAACGGUUUAUUUAGAAGACAUUUUUGUAAAUACUGCCAUAGUGGAUACCCAGCCUGACAAUUUGGUACCAACGUUUGGUUUAAAUGACUCUGAAAUGGGAUGCAAUUAUUUUGUACAUUUUGGAAGCGAUAAAACUGGAGCUUUUGUACCUGUGUUUUUUAAACUUCUUCGUAUCUGCUAUUUACGUUUGAGCGAUGACUUAGAAAGCGUAAAUGCCAUGCUAGGUUGUCCAGUUUUAAUGCCUGAUGAUCUGGAUAUGCCCGAACCAACAACGGCUGACUAUAUGAUUUACUGUAUUAAUUGGUUCAGAGAGUUGAUAAGUGGAUUUGUGACACAAAACGAAAAUUUAUUAAGGCAGCAAGUGUUAAAACGUUUAGAAAGUUUGAUGUCCUUGCAAGGUGAAUUUGUGACAAUGGUGGCAAUGUUGGACAGUCGCUAUCAACCGCCUCCUUGUUAUUUUAAUUACUUUCCUGUCCCUUCAUUUCUUAGAUUAGACAAGAAAAUAGGUAAGAAAGGCGGCAAAAGAGGAAAAAAGAAAGAUAAGCCAGAUGGAAAAAGUGACUUAUCCUUGAAUAAAUCUGUGAUACUGCCAGAGUGGGAGAGUUGGGAAUUAGGAUCUGAACUCACGGUUAAGAAUCAAGCUUUUUUUAGACGAAUGGAUACAAAAAUCAUAAAUCUUUUGGAUGUAAAUAUGGACAUACAUUCGUCCCAAGCUGAUUCAAACAGUAUAACAAUAGCUCAAGUUUGUUUUAUUGUGAAAGAAAUUUUAGGCAUGUUUGAAAAUCAAACUUCAGAAAAUUUUAUGCGCGAUUUAAUCCAGCUGUUACCAAAAAUAUGUAGCAAAUUAAAGAAGAUUAUUGAUGAUUUGAGACAAAACGAUAGUGCCCAUGAAAAAGAAGCUGCCAGAUUACUUGUAUGUUUAUUAAACACAAUAUUCAGCUGGAAGGAGUUUCAAAGUGCCAGAUACAAUACAUUACUACGCGAUGGUCUCAGAACAUUAGCGGGGAUGAUGAAUGCAUCGAGUGCGAUGUUAAGAACGUGCAAAGAUCUUGUUGCGGAGGCGUAUAAAUACUUCGAGUCAUUAGCCGAUAUUGCUACACAAAUUUCUCUUGCUGUUGCUUUUGUUAAUAUGUGUGGCUGUUUGAUGAACCACUCUAACAGUUUUACUGAGCAAUCUAAAGACAAGCAAGCAAAAAUGGCAUAUGGAUUUCUAUGUCUUGAAUGGAACAAUGAUACACCUGGACCUCAAUAUAAAGCUGCUAUUAAAGAAUUAUUGAAUACCUGGUUGAAUAACGAACCCAAUCCUCUAAAAACUGUAAGUUCAGUUUUGGAGUGGUUACCAGAGGAAGCUUUAUCACUUGAACGACCACAAUCUCGUUUAUCUAGGCUGCCAUCCGUAACUAAAGUCAAUUUUCAUCUACUCUUGAAGCAGUUAUUUACUGGUAUUGUAAAGGGCAUUGAUAUCUCAUUAGAUGCUGCAGAAACAGAUCCAGAAAGAAUACGUGUUUGGAUGGAUGUGGGCCUAUGUUUAGAAAAGAUGUCAAAUAUUUGCAAAGCUAAUAAAAAUAAUUCAUAUUUGGUGCUGUUUCUGCGAUACGCAACAAUAUUAUAUCAAAAAAUCCUAUCUUCUGGAAUGAAGCUAUUAGAAACGAAUGUCAAAUACCAGUCAGAAGAAGUUUUGGAAGUGAUAAAAUUAUUUCAAAGAUCUGGGAGAUUUUUACGGGAUAUUUUUUGCACUGCAAGAAAAGAAAAGAUCGUGUCUCUUUUGACAUUAAUUCCUUUGGCUAAAUCAAGACGAGAACAGUUUAUUUAUAGAGUUAAAGGAAUCUUAACAGCGAACAAUUCAAUUAGUGCGUUUUGGAUGGGGAAUUUACUUAACAAGGAUUUGGAUGGCGAAGAAAUUGCCUCAGAAUCUUCUGAGGAUAUAACAGCAGCUUCUGAUUUAACGACCGAAAGUAAUGCCGCAGAAGAGACAGGUUCUGAAAUUUUUGGCAGUGAAUCUGAAGAUGACGUAGAGAUAGAAGAAUAAAGUUUCAGCGUCGAUGUGUAUAACUGUUAAACGUUGUAAAAGUUCUAAGUCUAGUUUUUUAUAGGUAUGUACAGAAAAGUAUUUUCAAAUAGGUGUUUAUUUAUAGACCUAAUAUUUUCGUUUUGUAUAAAGUCUCCGUCGAUUUUGUACUUGACUCGCGAUGAAAAUUCGUAUAGAAAUUAAAUUUUAUAUAUUAUUUUACAUUUACUAAA